AUGACAUUUGGCAAGCUGAUCACCAAUAAGACCGUGCUGAAUGGAUUGACUCCAGCGCUCAGCUCCUUUGCGGUUGUCAAACCAACAGCUGUUGGAAAGGCAGCCAAUUUCAUUAGCAAGCCAGCUGCAUCGGUAAAGGCAGUGGGGAAAAUGCAGGGUACUUUCUCGGCAGAUUUGGCAGCUUUCCCAAAGCCAACCAAUUGGAGUGCCAUGUCCAAGCCCCAAGCAGUGUUCUUACGAAAAAACUAUAAGUUUUAG